UGUUACGCAUUUCGCUUUCUCAUAAGAAUUUUACAUUCUUUUUAAGGGUAAUCUAACCCCUUAAAUAUGUAAGUGAAAAAAUGAGUAGACCGUCACCUAUGGACUAACAAUAUCAAUAUAUUCACCACCUCAAGAUAUUGGUUCUGUUUCCUAUGUCCAUAUUGCUGCGGCUGCUGUUAUAGAUCAAAUCAUUCGGUCCUCGAUGUAAUUCUUUCCUUGGAAGCUAUUCAUAAAAGGACGGCAUUCAGGUGUCGCAAGGAAUAAUAACAGCAGCAGAUAACAUAUACAGGGUGAUCCAUAAAAAACGAUACACUUACAUAUCUCUAUUGGUUGGGAAGAUUGGAAAUCUUUUCAAGAUAUAAUUUUUAUGAUGUUGACAGUCGAAGCUGAUGCAAAAACAGGUAUUUUCCAAGGACAUAUGCAAAAAGAAGAUGUGCAACGAAUUUCCCAAGAAAGGUCUACUGAAGAGGAAAGGCAAGCACCUCCAUACACACCAUACUGGAUGCCGAGCGCUUACUCAGGAAUGACAUCACCACCACAACUGGGGCCGCAGCCUCCGCCACCACAGUACAGUCCAUAUCCCGACGCUGUGAAUGGCAUUCCUGGAUGUUCCACUGUUCACGUUAUUUCCAUUGCGUCAUCUCUGGGACCCGAACCGACUUCGAUGUUUUGUCCACAUUGUAGGAUGUCGAUUACAACGAAAACUUCAUGCUUCCCAUCAUGUACGAAUCAUUGCUGCGCAUUCUUUUUCUGUUUGAUCGGAUUGUGGCCAUGUAUGCCAUUUGCAUACUGCUGUUUCAACAAUAUCAUUCAUCAUUGUCCUAACUGUAAGAGUAACAUUGGAGUUUAUGCGCCAUAAAUCGAAAGUUUUUAAUACUUGUAUUCGUCAGGAGAUAUUGACGAGUGUUUUGUUCUUCUAUGACUAGAUGAGAAAUAAAUAGAACUUUCUUUUAAUUAA